AUGUCCGAAUUUCAAAGAGGCCGUAUUGUGGGUCAAUCCAAAGGUGGAGUUAGUCAAUGUAAAAUCGCAGAAAACACUCGGAUCCAACAUUCUACAGUUAAUAGAGCGAUUGUGCAAUUAAAAUCAAGGGGGAAGGAAUCCACAUCUCUUUGCCCAGGUCGACCAGGGCCUUCUGACAGGACCCUUCACUUUGUUAAGAGAAUUGUGGAGGAUAAUCCACGUUGUAAGACCUUUUACAUAGCAAAAUAUAUGGAUAUCAGUCCUGGAACAGUUGUCAGGUAUCUUCACAAGCUUGUCUGCUAUGGCAUAGCAGCAAGAAAGAAUCCACUUCUUCAAGCAGCCAAUGUGAUGCGAAGGAAGGGUUCACUAGCAUUUUGGGACACUGUCAUAUUCUCUGAUGUGUCUCGACUUGCUGUAUUUCCUGAGAGUUGCCGAAUGUGUGUCUAUUGUCUCUGCAAUCAUGAAAUUUAUGAGAAAACAUUGCAGCCAACAAUGAAAUAUGGUGGCUAUUUUGUGAUGUUCUGGAGAGCAAUUUGGAGCAAUGGUCAAUCACAGCUGGUUGAAUGUGACGGAAACAAAUUGAGAUAA